AGGGCGGGAAAAUACUGCAGACGGGCAGAGCCCACCACAAAUGUUGAGGCAUGUCUGGCCUGCAGUGGGGAAGGCUGGAAGAGAAAAGUCUGUGUGGACUCACACGGGAGAUGAAGAUGUGACGUUGGUCUUGUGGUCAGAAGGUAGGUUAGAAUGGGCAUCUUUUUUUAAAGUUUAUUCAGGUAAGUAAUCUCUACACCCAACAUCAUGCUGGAACUCACAGCCUUAAGAGCAAGAGCCCCAUUCUCUACCAACUGAGCCAGCCAGGCGAUUGGAAUGGGAAUCUUGAGUACCUUAUAUGCAGGUGUGGCUCAAGUUUAUGGAUGAAGCCUAGAAUAAAGAAAAAAUGGGAAUUGGAAGGAGCUAUACCUAAUCUCUCGAAGGCAUCUAUUCAGACGCAAACCAGGACACUUAAAAGAAUGAGAACUGGCACUCCAGCAACAGGUCUAGGUCAGGACCUUUCAGGGCAACUGGGUCUUGUGGCAACCCUACCAUAGCUGGUCCCUAUUAGCCCGCUUAGAAGGAGCAUUCUAGGGCGCCUGGGUGGCUCAGUCGGUUAAGCGACUGCCUUCGGCUCAGGUCAUGAUCCUGGAGUCCCGGGAUCGAGUCCCGCAUCGGGCUCCCUGCUCGGCGGGGAGUCUGCUUCUCCCUCUGACCCUAUCCCCUCUCAUGCUCUCUCUAUCUCAUUCUCUCUCUCAAAUAAAUAAAUAAAAUCUUAAAAAAAAAAAAAAAGAAGGAGCAUUCUAGGGGCAUCUGGCUGGCUCAGUUGGUAGAGCUCGGAACUCUUGAUCUCAGGGUUGUGAGUUUGAGCCCCACAUUGGGUGUAGAGGUUAUUUAUAUAAAACUUCAAAAAAAGGGAGCAUACUAUGCUGAGCCCAGCAGAGUUUAUCUGCCUGCCCACUAAUAGUAUAACAAGAGAAGAGACAUUUCUCCAGCUCAGAAAAUCAGGGAUAUUGCUUCCAGGUAGAGUUCCAGAGUCUUGUUUUGUUUUGUUUUGUUUUUUAAGAUUUUAUUUAUUUGAGAGAGAGAACGAGCAGGGGGAAGGACAGAGAGAGAAGCAGACUCCCCGCUGCGCAGGGAGCCUGACACGGGGCUCAAUCCCAGGACCCGGAAGUCAUGACCCGAGCUGAAGGCAGAGGCUUCACCUACUGAGCCACCAGAGUCCCGGAGUCUUGAGUGGACUGGACGUUGAUGAGCCUCAAGUCCGUUUAGGUCGUCUCUACUUGUAUAGUUUCUAUGAGGACAGCCCUGCUUGCCCCCUGCUUGAGAUCCAAAGAAGAGAUACUUCUGCAAUCCUGGACAUGAAAUGGUGCCACAUCCCGGUGGCCGGCCGUGCCCUCUUAGGUGUGGCAGAUGCUGGUGGGUCCAUAGAGCUACUCUGCUUGGUGGGAUCUGAGAAUGCUUACACACUGCAGCCAGUUUCCAGCUGUGCCCUGGGGAAGCAGUGUCUGGCCCUGUCUCUGGAUUGGUCCACCGGGAAAGCUGAAAGGGCCAGUGACCAGCCCUUGAAAAUCAUUAGCAGCGACUCCAAGGGGCAGCUGCACCUGCUAGAGGUGAAUGAGGCGGGGCCAGCACUGCAGGAGGUGGCCACGUGGCAUGCCCAUCACUUUGAGGCCUGGGUUGCUGCCUUCAAUUACUGGCAGACAGAAAUCGUUUAUUCAGGUGGGGACGACGCCCUUCUGAAAGGCUGGGACACCAGGACACCGGGCACAUCUGUGUUCACUAGCGAGAGACACUCCAUGGGUGUGUGCAGCAUCCAGAGUAGUCCCCAUCGGGAGCACAUCUUGGCCACAGGAAGCUAUGAUGAGCAUGUUCUGCUGUGGGACACUCGGAGCAUGAAGCAGCCAUUCGCAGACAUGCCCACGCAGGGCGGAGUGUGGAGGCUCAAGUGGCACCCUUUCCACCAUCACCUGCUCCUGGCAGCGUGCAUGCACAGUGGCUUUAAGAUCUUCAACUGCCAAAAGGCGAUAGAGGAGAAGCAGGAAGCCUGCACAGUCUCUGUGUCCCAUAUGUUGCCCAGUUCACUGGUGUAUGGAGCUGACUGGUCCUGGCUCUACUUCGGCCAUCUGUCACAGACCCACCAGCUGUGCUGCUUAGGGGCCUUUCCCGACAGCAACUUAGGAGCCAAAGCCUCACAGCUCUACAGCCUGAACGCUGUACGUCAGUCACCGGCAGCCUCUUCUCAUCGUCUAGCAGAGGAUGAGGAAGAGGGUCAUUCCAAACUUCAGAGCAGCAGCAGACCAAAGACGCCUCUCCAUCCACUCACAGAGGACAUGACGAAGAGCGGCAGCUGGUACCACGCUGCAGGGCCCAAGGUCUGUGACUGUGACCUCUCUCUGGAAGCAGCGAGCUUGGACGUUGACCUCCUAGCUACUUGCUCCUUUUAUGAUCACGUUCUUCACCUCUGGAAGUGGGAGAGCAGCUGAGCUAGGGAAGAGUUUGGUUGAAGUCAUAAAGACCAUUUCCACAAAUAAAACCCAGAGUGUGACUCUGAACUGCCCUCA